CCGAGAAGCAUCAACAUGUCGGGUGCCUCCGUAAAAGUAGCUGUGCGGGUUCGACCGUUUAAUUCCAGGGAGCUCGGUAAAGACUCCAAAUGCAUCAUUCAGAUGCAGGGCAACUCCACCAGUAUUAUCAACCCAAAGAACCCAAAGGAACCAGCUAAAAGCUUUAGCUUUGACUACUCCUACUGGUCUCACACGUCGCAAGAUGACCCUUGCUUUGCAUCCCAGAGCCGUGUGUACAAUGACAUUGGGAAGGAAAUGCUUGAGCAUGCAUUUGAGGGCUACAAUGUAUGCAUUUUUGCAUAUGGGCAGACUGGUGCUGGCAAAUCCUACACCAUGAUGGGAAAACAAGAAGAGACCCAAGCUGGCAUCAUCCCUCAGCUCUGCGAAGAUCUGUUUGAGAAAAUAAAUGAUAACAACAAUGAAGAAGUUUCCUUCUCUGUAGAGGUUAGUUACAUGGAAAUUUACUGUGAGCGAGUCAGAGACCUGCUGAACCCUAAAAACAAAGGAAACCUGCGCGUCAGGGAGCACCCUCUUCUCGGCCCAUAUGUGGAAGACCUGUCUAAAUUAGCGGUUACCUCAUACACUGAUAUUGCUGACCUAAUGGAUGCUGGUAACAAGGCCAGAACUGUAGCUGCUACAAACAUGAACGAAACCAGCAGUCGCUCUCACGCCGUCUUCACAAUCGUUUUUACCCAAAAGAAACUCGACACAGAAACCAACCUCUCUACAGAGAAGGUCAGUAAGAUCAGCCUGGUAGACUUGGCUGGUAGCGAGCGUGCCGACUCCACUGGCGCUAAAGGAACUCGGCUAAAAGAGGGAGCAAACAUCAACAAAUCUCUGACUACUCUAGGAAAAGUCAUCUCCGCUCUGGCAGAGGUGAGCAAAAAAAAGAAAAAGACGGAUUUUAUUCCCUAUCGAGACUCUGUGCUCACUUGGCUGCUGCGUGAGAAUCUAGGUGGGAAUUCCAGAACUGCAAUGGUUGCGGCCUUGAGUCCAGCUGAUAUAAAUUACGAUGAAACUCUGAGCACCUUAAGAUACGCAGACCGUGCCAAGCAGAUUAAAUGUAAUGCUAUUAUUAAUGAAGAUCCCAAUGCCAAACUGGUGCGUGAGCUGAAGGAUGAAGUAAGCCGACUUAAAGAUCUUCUGCGUGCGCAAGGCUUGGGUGAUAUCCUGGACAUUGAUGCUAUUGAGGACAAUUACCCUGGAAUAAAAUCUCUUCCUAUUGUGGCCUGCCUGCCUCUCUCAGAUGUGAACGAUAACCAGAACUUAAAGAAUAAGUUCUUACUAGCCAAUGAGAAUCAACGGCCUGGCCAUUUCUCCACAGCUUCUAUGAGCUCCCUCGCAUCUUCGCCUUCCUCCUGCUCCCUCAAUAGCCAGGUGGGAUUGACGACCGUGAGCAGUAUCCACGAGAGAAUUAUGUCCACGCCUGGUGGAGAGGAGGCUAUAGAGCGACUUAAGGAAUCUGAGAAGAUCAUUGCGGAGCUUAAUGAGACAUGGGAGGAAAAACUCAGAAAAACGGAAGCCAUUCGCAUGGAGAGGGAAGCUUUGCUUGCUGAGAUGGGAGUUGCCAUUCGAGAAGAUGGAGGAACCUUAGGUGUCUUCUCUCCCAAAAAGACUCCACAUCUUGUUAACCUUAACGAAGACCCUUUGAUGUCAGAAUGCCUGCUGUAUUACAUUAAGGACGGAAUUACCAGGGUUGGUCAGGCAGAUGCUGAAAGACGCCAGGACAUUGUGCUAAGCGGAGCUCAUAUUAAGGAAGAGCAUUGCAUAUUCCGCAGUGAGAGGAAGCCUAAUGGAGAAGUGAUUGUGACAUUGGAGCCUUGCGAAUACUCAGAGACGUACGUAAAUGGGAAGCGAGUCGUUCUGCCAGUGCAGCUGCGCUCAGGGAAUCGCAUAAUUAUGGGCAAGAACCAUGUAUUCCGAUUUAACCAUCCCGAACAGGCUCGAGCAGAGAGGGAAAAAACUCCCUCUGCAGAGACCCCGUCUGAACCUGUAGACUGGACAUUUGCGCAGCGGGAGCUUCUAGAGAAACAGGGCAUUGAUAUGAAGCAAGAGAUGGAGAAAAGGCUUCAGGAGAUGGAAAUCCAGUACAAGAAGGAGAAAGAGGAAGCCGAUCUUCUUUUGGAGCAGCAGAGACUUGAUUAUGAGAGUAAAUUGCAGGCCCUGCAGAAACAAGUGGAAACUCGUUCUUUGACGGCAGAAACCACUGAAGAAGAGGAGGAGGAGGAAGAGGAAGUUCCGUGGACCCAGCAUGAGUUUGAGCUGGCACAGUGGGCAUUUAAGAAAUGGAAACAUCAUCAGUUCACAUCAUUAAGGGACCUUCUGUGGGGCAAUGCAGUUUACCUAAAGGAAGCAAAUGCUGUCAGUGUUGAACUGAAGAAGAAGGUCCAGUUCCAGUUUGUGUUACUGACGGACACUCUGUACUCCCCAUUGCCCCCUGAGCUUCUACCCCCUGAGGCAGAGAAACUACCAGAAGAUGAGCCUUUUCCCCGAACAGUUGUUGCUGUUGAGGUGCAGGACCUGAAAAAUGGAGCCACGCACUACUGGUCAAUUGAAAAACUCAGGCUGCGUCUGGAGCAGAUGCGAGAGAUGUACGACAGAGCUGGAGAAAUGGCGUCUAAUGUACAAGAUGAUAGUGACAGUGCUGUUACUGGCAAUGACCCAUUUUAUGAUCGCUUCCAUUGGUUCAAGCUAGUAGGAAGUUCUCCCAUAUUCCACGGCUGUGUGAAUGAGCGGCUGGCAGACCGCACCCCGUCCCCUACCUUCUCCACCGCAGACUCCGACAUCACAGAGCUGGCUGAUGAACAGCAAGACCAAAUGGAAGACUUUGAUGACGAGCCAUUUGUGGAUGAUACCAGCUCUGAUGUUGGUACUGAAGAAGGAUCCGAUAUCUUCAGCGAUGGCCACGACCCAUUUUACGACCGAUCUCCCUGGUUCAUUUUAGUAGGAAGGGCAUUUGUUUACCUAAGCAAUCUGCUGUUUCCUGUCCCUUUGGUGCACAAGGUGGCUGUAGUAAGUGAGAAGGGAGAAGUGCGUGGAUUCCUGCGUGUAGCGGUGCAAGCGAUAGCUGGUGACGAGGAAGCACCAGACUAUGGGUCAGGGAUUCGACAGUCAGGAACAGCCAAAAUAUCAUUUGACAAUAACUACUUCAAUAAGAACGAUUUCUCUUCUGCGGUUCUAACACGCUCUGGGCUGUCACUUGAAGAGCUUCGCAUUGUGGAAGGGCAAGGGCAAAGCUCUGAGACCAUCACACCUAUAGAGGAAGUAAACCGGUUGGCUGAGAUGGAUAUGAAAUCCGGCAGCUUGCUAGAUGGCAAGAUGAUGAUGGAAGGAUUUAAUGAGGAUGUGGGAGAGCAUCUGAAGAUUGGCAGCAUCUUCACCUUCCGUGUGACGGUUCUUCAGGCUAGUGGCAUUCUUCCCGAAUAUGCAGACAUUUUCUGCCAGUUCAACUUUCUGCAUCGGCAUGAUGAGGCGUUUUCAACUGAGCCAUUAAAAAACAACGGUCGGGGUAACCCCUUGGGCUUCUACCAUGUGCAGAACAUUGCAGUGGAGGUUACAGAAUCCUUUAUAGAAUACAUCAAGACCAAUCCCAUUGUGUUUGAAGUAUUUGGCCAUUACCAGCAGCACUCGCAUCACCUACAAGGCCAGGAUCUGAGCCCACCGCAGCAAUCCCGACGCUACUUUCCUCCUCCCAUGCCCUUAUCUAAACCAGUUCCAGCCACUAAGCUAAAUCCCCUGAGCAAGGCGAGUUUAGGACAGAGCAUCAGCAAAUUCGACUUGUUGGUCUGGUUUGAAAUCAGCGAAUUGGAGCCAACUGGAGAGUAUAUCCCAGCUGUGGUUGAUCACACAGGAGGAUUGUCCUGUCAAGGGACCUUCCUGCUGCACCAGGGCAUACAGCGCAGGAUUACAGUCACCAUUAUCCAUGAGAAGGGGAACGAACUUCACUGGAAGGAUGUCCGCGAACUUGUUGUUGGGCGAGUGCGCAGUAAAGCGGAAGUGGACGAAGCGGCCGCAGAUGCAGUGCUUUCUCUAAAUAUCAUCUCUGCCAAAUACCUCAAAUCUUCUCAUAGUUCCAGAACAUUUUAUCGUUUUGAGGCUGUGUGGGACAGCUCACUGCAUAACUCCCUGCUACUGAACAGGGUGACCCCUUACGGGGAGAAGAUCUACAUGACAUUAUCAGCAUAUCUGGAGCUUGAUCAUUGCAUCCAACCGGCUGUGAUCACUAAAGAUGUCUGUAUGAUCUUCUACUCCCGCGAUGCCAAAAUAUCUCCUCCAAGAUCCCUGCGCAGCCUCUUUGGCAGUGGCUAUUCCAAGACUCCUGAUUGUAACAGAGUGACCGGCGUCUACGAGCUAAGCUUAUGCAAAAUGGCAGACACAGGAAGUCCAGGGAUGCAACGGAGGAGACGAAAGAUUCUGGACACUUCAGUGGCGUAUGUCCGUGGGGAAGAGAACCUUGCUGGUUGGAGACCUCGGGGGGAUAGCCUGAUCCUGGAGCACCAGUGGGAACUGGAGAAGAUGGAGCUUCUACACGAGGUGGAGAAAACGCGGCACCUGUUGUUGCUGAGAGAAAAACUUGGUGACAGCAUUCCCAAGUCACUAAGUGAAUCCAUCUCUCCAAGCCUUAGCAGUGGGACCCUCAGCACCUCCACGAGCAUUUCCUCACAGAUCUCUACCACCACCUAUGAAAGUGCCAUCACCCCAAGUGAAAGCAGUGGAUACGACUCAACUGAUGUUGAGAGCCUUGUGGAUCGUGAAAAAGAGCUUGCCACCAAGUGUUUACAACUCCUUACUCACACAUUUAACCGUGAGCUGACCCAAGUGUGCAACAGUAUCAGUGAUUGUAAGCUGUCUGAUAUCUCCCCUAUUGGGCGUGACCCCUCUGUAUCCAGUUUUAGCAGCGCUACUCUUACGCCUUCCUCAACAUGUCCAUCACUAGCGGACUCCAGGUGCAGCUCUGUGGAUCAGAAGACCCCUGAAGCAAAUUCUCGAGCCUCCAGCCCUUGUACAGAGUAUGAACAAUUCCACAUAGUGCCCUGCAUGGAUAGCUCAUUCCUGGCACGAGCUGGAAAGAAUGAGUUCCUUAAUCUUGUACCAGACAUUGAAGAAAUCAGACCAGGAUCUGUGGUGUCUAAGAAGGGUUACCUGAACUUCAAGGAGCCUCUGUCCCAUUCAUGGGUAAAACACUAUGUGGUGGUGAGACGUCCCUAUGUCUUCAUCUACAAUAGCGAUAAGGACCCAGUGGAGAGGGGGCUAAUUAACUUGUCCACUGCUCAAGUGGAGUACAGUGAAGACCAACAAGCUAUGGUCAAGAGCCCAAAUAUUUUUGCUGUAUGCACAAAAUACCGAGGACUACUGCUGCAGGCCAUUAAUGAUAAGGAUAUGAACGAUUGGCUGUAUGCUUUUAAUCCACUUCUUGCUGGCACAAUACGGUCGAAGUUGGCCAGACGCCGCUCUCUGUCUAUGAAGUACUGAGAUGCUUCGUGUCUCCUGACUUCUGAUAGGAAAUGCUAUCUCCCUUCCCUUUUUGUGGUUCUUGCCAGUUUCUCUUGUCUGUAAACCUGUGGCUUCCCCCUCUUCCCUUCUGUACCAAUAAAAAUCCUUAUCUCGUCGCAUGUGGCCGAACAGUUAGAAGAAAAGACAGAGUGAAAUGGAAUCCAGAUUACUCUUUUCUUCUGGGCAUUUCCCUGUUUUCCCAGCAGUUUCUAGUGUAUGUAAUGUAAUGCGUCUUUCAGGAAUGCAUUCUUUUUUUUUUUUCUUUUUUUUUCUUGUCAAUGUUUUACACUUCUGUGAUUUUAUAGAAACCUCCAGCUCUCCCUAGGUUGUCUUUUUCCUGCGCCCCCUCUGUGUGCUGCUAUCACUGCUGUGGGAGGGUAGGAGGUUCCAUACAUGCACCUUCCUCUGUCUCAUCUCCUCCAGCCUGGCAUUUGCCAUGCCUGGGGCUGCACUGUGACAAUACCAGGUUUGGGAUUGCUAGUUUGGGAUGGGGUUGGUGAAUUUGGGGCAUUACACUAAAAUUUUCUCUUUACCACUCACAGCUCCCGAAAGGAUCAGCUGUAGAACCUUGUUCCCAAUGUCCCAGCAGCCCUGUACUCUUGUCUCUGCGCAACAAACCUCACGUCUUCUCUGACCAGAGAGAGCGCUGAGCACAUGGGUGCUCGGAUUUUAUUUAUUUCAAUAUACAGUUUCAAGCAACAAUGGUAUUUCCAUGGAGAGAGACCGGGCUGUGCUUUUGUUUUAUUUUUAUUGUAAAUAGGAGGCCACUUUCAUUAUCCGGCCCUGGGAAAUGGGUCCGUUUGUUAACACUACUACAAUUUCUGCAAGAACGUAAGACUCCUGUCAUUAUGUAGCUUCUUGCAAGGAUUACACAGACUGCCCCAGUGCGUCAUAAGUAGAUUCGGGGCCAUCCAGCUCUCAACCAUAAUCUGAGAGGAUUUAAAUGCUGGAUAGAAAAGAGGGCUGAUGCUUGUGUAAGGGCAGAUCAUUCUAUAGACGUGCUGCUGGGGGCUUGGUAGGUUGUAGUGGGACACAAGCCUUCAGAAGAUGCACUGGUCAGUAUAGAAAAGAUUGGAUAUCAUCUAGAAAUAUAAGGAUCAUAUUUGUACAUCCAGCUACAGAUCUUGUGACCAGGUUAAGGUAGAAGGGACAACAAGAAUUCACUUUCAAAAUUAAAGGGAAUCUAGUUGACUACAACUUUUUAAAGCAAUGUUAAAACAGGUAGUUUGGGUUUUCAUUCAUUUUUAUUUUGUAAAUUGAUACCUUUUGGGGGAUAGAAUAAAAAGUUACAUAAAUAAAACUGCUUAAAGUACCCAUCGUAAAUAAAUGAUAUAAGUUUGGCACAUGCAACCUUGGCUAUAUACAGAAAUGUGAAUAUGCCCACAGUGCUUGUCAAUAGGGGCGAACUGGAGCGUAAUCAGAUGCAAAUCACAUUACUAUCAACUAUGGCUGCACUGAAGAGCAUCUAAGAGAUGUUAAAAUAAGUUUAAAAAACAACAUAUCAUAUUCACCCGUAUCUAAAAGUGAUAAUUAUAAAUGAGUACUAUUCUCUAAACAGUGGCUACAUGGCUCUCAGAUGUGAGCUUUGUUAUGCCGUUUAUCUGAAGGCUGCACCUCUAAACUAGUUAUACAUUUAUGUUUUGGGUGGGCGGGUGGUUUUAAGAUCUAAUCUACAUAUCUAAAAAAAUGAAUUUUCAAAACUUAAAAAACCCAGUUUCUUUGUUUGUGUGAUUUUAAAUGCAUUAGAUGAUUUAGUCACGUUUAUGUCCUUGUAAAUGGACCCGUAUCACAUCACAGGUCCCUCUGACUGUGCAAGGGUCAAAGCACUGAUGCAACAAUAUAUAUUUUUGUUAUUGAUAAAUUAAUUAAAAUAUAAUAUUUAAAGGUCUUUGCAUUGAAUGAUCCACAUAAGCUUUUCUAUAAUCUCUUUACUGUUAGUUUUGCUUUGCUCCAAAGUAGAUCAUUAUUCUUAACAUUUUAUUGUGUCACGUUUUACUUGCAACAAACUGGCAGACAGCUAAUUGCCUGUUUUAUUAUUUAGGACUUUAUUUCUGAGAAAUGAAAAAGCUCACUGUUGACAUUAAUUGGGCACAUACUUUGGGAGUCUGAAACCUGCACGAUAGUGAUUUGCUGGUUCUGUAUGUAUUCCGGUAGCCAGAGUCAACCAACUCUGAGCUACUACCAGGUGCAAUCAUGCCAGGGGCCAGCCAACCUUCUGGGCAUAGACUUAGUGACCAAAGUGUUCUCUCAUAUGUACAGAAAAUCUUCUUCUAUUCAAAAGAUAACCUAUCCAGCACUUUACAAUGCUAACAUCACUAGUAGCCUAAAGUAUUUAUCGUGUAGUUAAUCAGCUUCCAAUACUUCUACUGACUGUAUUUUACUAGUAAAAGAACCACUGAUUCUACAUUCUUCUUAACUGAACCAAAAAGGGAAUUUAUGUACUGGGAUCUAAUCAUUUUAUCAGCAAACAAUCUGAUUUGCAAAAUAUGCACCUUAAGGUUUUUUUCUUGGCAUUACAGCAUUGUAGAAAGGGAUAUUGUGCUUCAUAUCAAUGCAAAAACCUGUAUUUUAAAGCUUGUUUACUGAUUUUAAGGGAUAGUUGCUUGUUCUUUGAUGUAUUAUGUACUGUAUAUUUAUGUCUGCGGUUUAUUGCACACAAGGAAGAUUAAAAACAUUCCUUUGGACUAGCACCUUAUAGGUACUUUGCAUUCAGCGCUGUCUAUGCAUCUCAUAUCUCUCCACUUUACACAUUUUAGAAGAUUUUUGAUGGUUUAACCCCUCUUGUGCUGGAUGGUCCAGCAAACGAAUGGAGUCCCUGCAUUGCAACAAAAGAUUUAGUACGUGUUUGUGGCUUGCUAGGGAAGCCCGGGUGCACUGCCUCUAGAAGGAAUUCGCUUGAAUGUAUUUUAAAAUGGGUUUAUAAAACUCAAAGAUUUAAUGUCUUUUUUAUUACGUUUUUAAUUUUCAUUCUGUAAAACCAUAACCCAAGUUGUUCAUAACUGGAAUGUAUUCAUUAUUUUUGUGCUUCCUGGUCUACUGAAACCGUUGGGAAAUUAAAAUAAAGUGUUUUGUUUUUUUAAUGUUUCUGAGAGCGCACAAGUUUCAUGUUUCACAAACAAAUAUGAAGAUGCUGCACUAAAUAGCUUAACAUUGACAUAGUUAGGUCAUUCCCAGAUAUAUCUAAAUUGUGCAACGCAUUUCUAUUCCCUAGUGAGUUAUGAACUUAAUUUUCCUAUCUGUAUUCUUCUCGUAGUGUUUGGGAAGAUGGGGCAGAAGCACAAAUUCAUUUUAUGGUGAAUCUGAACUGAAAUAUUAAGGAAAUAUAGUGUAAGAUAAGACAUUUGACUGAUCAGUAAGAAUUUGUACCGUUUCAUUAACUGCUUCGUCCCAGUGUCUUGGCGCUAACAUUUGUCAUAAGCUUUUGUGAAGCAGCCAUUGUUGGCCAAUCUAAAGUCACCAUUUUUGCAUAUUUACAUAUAGUGAGCAUUCCCUAACGUUCCUGUAAGGACCAACCAGAAAAAAACUCAACUAGUUUGUUAAAUUGUGAUAAUUCAUAAAAAUAGAGUUUAUUUUUAUUUUUUUCAAGAAGGCACCAAAGAAAAGAAACAGAAUAUUUUGUUUCCUAGCAAAGUUUGAAGCAGUUCCAGUUCAGUUGAACACAUGAUCAAUCCCAUGAUUCAGCUUAACGAUAACCAGAACAUUCAUUUAUAUUCGCUCACUGGUUUCCCUUUUAUUGGGCUGACUUAGUAGCUACUCUCCCUGAUAUGAUGUAGUUAAAAUGAUGCUUGUUUAGCAAGUCUUUGUGUUUUCUUGUUGCUGUCAGACUAAAAACCCAGGUUUGUUUUGCUGAGUGAAAAUACAUUUGAAAGCAAAGGCUAUCAUAGGAAACGUAGUUAAUGAAUGUGCAUUUGUAGGCGUAAGAAACACUGAUUUAUUAACCGUUAUGCAUCCAGGGUGACACAACAAUUCAUUGCAGGUCCUUCUGGUAACAAACUGGUUAACUAGCCCUGCCCCAUUCAUACUGAGCUUUAGUGGGAAACAUGAAUCUCUCUUGGAAGAAACCUCUGUAGAGCGCUGAGUCACCAUGAAGGGGAAUACUACACCACACUGUUCAUUUCCAUGUUUUAUUUUGUAAAUAUAAUUGGAUGUGUGAGUAUACAAAAUGUAAAUAUUUCAUCUAUUUGUACUAAUUCUGAUCCAUUUGCUGUAUAGCCUAGAUGUGCAAUGCAGAUAUAUUAAACUCUGUGUAUUGUAACCUGCACCACUGGAACGGUUAGUGACCAAUCUCUAACAAUAAAGCUACAGCUACAUUA